AUGGACGCUACCCAACCGCAAUACGAACUAUCCGUAGUCACACAAUGCUUGAAGUCUACCAUUGACAUCAUCCAAUGGUUAAUUCCUGCUAUUACCAAGUUCAGCCAAUCACACCCUUUGGUCUUUCAACUAUCGUUUAUUUUCUUCACAGUUUAUGUCUUUUACAAGUUGUUGAUGAAUUUGAUUACUCUAGUCAAGAGGUUCCUGUAUUUUGCGCUGGUAGUAACAUGCAUCGGCAUUUAUAUGCGUGGUUCGCAGCAGUUUUUGACUGUGGACUUAUUGAAUUUCUACAACUUCGUCAUGUCCAACAGGUACUACGCAUUUAAAAUUUACACCCUAUUUAUUAGUGCCCUUGAAAGGGAAAUCAACGCUGUUUAUCAUCUGGCUCAGAUGAAAAUAGAGCAAUUGCUCAAAUAG